CACGCGCCACGAACCUUAAUGAUAUAAGCCAAGGACUGAUUGCUGCGUGACAAGUCGAGCUACCGAGGCGGGAACGGGCGCGCAAUUGGGAUGCUUUCAGAUAUAAUCUAUUGAUGUAACGACCAAAAUGAUAUCGCAAACAGUUGAUUCCUUUGGUUUGAAAAAUCAAGGAGGAUUUGAUUAGUGUCAAAAUUGAUGUCAAAAUCAAGACUGUUGACGUUUUAGACAGACCUUCGAUCGAUUAUGCGUGUCCGAGCAUAAUCGGUUCACCAAAAUUUCGAUUUUUCAGGAAUUUGAGCCUCAUUUGAUUCGAUAUUUCUACGCCAACAUGCCGAGGAUUAAAGUCAAGCCGGCUCAGCAUGAAGAUACUUUGCCCUUUACCGUCGCACUGGAUUCUGCAACUGACAGUUUCUCGCACUUUCAAACAGAAGAGUCCGGAGAGAAGGAGAAGCAACCGGUGAAGGGCAAGAAGCGAGCCCGGGUCAGCCCUUGUCAGACGGUCAGCGACUUCGCGCUGAACGUGUCGUCUGCGCACGGCCUGCCCAACAUCUUUCGCGCCAAAACCAAGCUGGGACGCCUGACAUGGUCCCUGAUCUUCUUCGUCGGGAUUGUCGUGUCCAUCUGGCAGGGGACCCUGAUAGUCGUCAAUUACUUGAACUUUCAAGUUACGACUGAGGUGAAGAUCGUGACGCACAGUUCGCUGGAGUUCCCUUCCGUCACCGUGUGUAACACCAACAAGCUGCGGCUCUCAGCCAUCAGCAGGUCCAGACAUCGACAAAUGUUGGUGGUCGACCACGACGUUUCACUGCCGUACUAUGCCCCUUGUGUUGGUGACGAUUUCCUAUGCAGGGACCGCCCUGUGUGUAUCAAGCCAUACCUGCUGUGUGAUGGCAUCAGGCAAUGCGGUGUGACGGACACCAGCGACGAAGACGACUGCGAUUACGACUUCGGCUCGUGCGCUGAUGACGAGUUCCGCUGUGUCGACUCGGGCAGUCAAUCGGGUCUGUGCAUACACAAAGACAAGGAAUGCGACCGGAACAAAGACUGUUACGGAGGAGAGGACGAAGAUGACUGCGAAUGUAAGAGUUCCGAGUUCAAAUGCGAGAAGCGUGGAGGCUGCAUCCCUAAGGCAUUAGUCUGCGAUGGUUAUUCUAACUGUAUUGACGGCAGUGACGAAAAGACCUGCAUGCCAGACGGGUACUUCCAGUGUGACGAUUCGUCCUUCCGAUGCGUCUCAACGAACACAUGCAUCCCUAAGACAUAUGUCUGCGACAAUGAUAACGACUGUGCUGAUGGGUCAGAUGAGAGCAUAACCGCUUGCGCACUACUUACGACAACUUCUGCUCCAUUUCUGUGCGACUACGAUCGGUUCAGUUGUGGCAAUGGCGUAUGCAUACCGAACAGCUGGCUGUGCGAUUCCGAAGCCGACUGCGCCAAUGGAUUGGACGAGAGGGAGUCACACUGUGGUCUGACCAUCUGUGACGCCCACAAGGUGCGCUGUAGUACGGGCAGUGGGUGCGGCAUCCAGUGUGAUCUGAUAGCAGACUGCCCAGACGGUAGCGACGAGAAAAACUGCCAAUGCGCGACGAGCGCCGACGGAUCGUCCAACUACAUUGAGUCUGUGUCGUGCUCGGGAAUCUAUGGGACCAAUUUUAGCAACCCUUUCUACUAUGACCAGCACCUGAUUUGCAAUAACACCGGUACCAGAUUGCAUCUGAGUUCCUUUUUCAAUUGCAUUGGUGGGCACAUCACUUGUUAUGAGCCAGUCACAAACAUCGAGAAACCCUGCAAAACAGUGUACUCGGAAUGCUACACCAGCCCCAACGGGCAGGAUUACCGUGGCUCAACAACAGACAACACCUGCCUUCCCUGGACUAACCCCGGUAUAGCCGAGGUGGGUUACACCGGGGCAGCCUACCCGGAGUUGGAGGGUGUUGAACCGGGCACUACGGUAGGCCACGCUUGCUGCAGGAACCCGGGCGGGCUGAGGUCGGGGCCGUGGUGCUUCGCCAAGGAAGAGGCAUCCGGCUCGGUCCAUCUCGUCCAACACAAUUGCACGGUGGGGCCGCCGAGCGCUACGUGCUCAAGAGAUCCUUCACCGUCCUCCAGACGUCGACGAUCGACGGGGGAUCAACCGACAGAUUCACCGAGCGAUCUAGUCCGUCAGGCACACCCUGGUAACCAUAGCAACGCCACUUAUUCGUUCUUUUGUCUGAGUGGGGAACGGGUUCCUCUCUGGCAGACAUGUAACGGGUUUCCUGAUUGCGAUGACGGGAGCGAUGAGUGGGCCGCAAACUGCAGUGAUAUUGUGUCAGAAUGUGGGAUCAAUGAAUUCCAAUGUCGAGAGAGGACCCAAGAGGGUACAGUCACGUGUAUACCGAAGUCCUACGUGUGUGACGAUUACCCUGAUUGCCUGACAGGGCAAGAGGCCGGGGAGCCUAGCCAUACACCGUCUGACGAAUCGGCAUGCGCAACAGCAGACGAGACACUACCGGCUGACUACUUCCGCUGUGCUAACGGUCAUAAGAUGAUCCAUAAGUACGACGUCUGCAACACGGUGCCUGAUUGCUUCCCUGAGAAAGAUGAUGAGUACGCUUGCACUUGGGAAAACAGAACAAGUGGGGAGGUACCAGAUCCUUUCGAGUCUCCGCUGUGGUAUCAGAAAUACGCCCCACUGGUUCGAAAAAAGUACCACUACCUCUUCGACGACUUCAGCUAUCGGUGGCGCCCUUUCGACCGUGUCAAAGGUGAAGACCCCCCGGACUGGAACAGCUUCGUUACGUACAGCGCCACACCUGACUACAGCGAUCUCGUGGAAGUUCCCAAACUCAGCAAGGAUGAAGUGCACCAGUUCGGACACCAGAAGGAGGACUUCAUCUUGCAGUGCUCGUAUGAAGAGACGAAAUGCAAUCUGAGCGAUAUUCAGGAGUUCCAGGACGACACAUAUGGAAACUGUUUCACCUUUAACCCAGAGGGGUUCUUUGCUACCUCCACAACAAGCUCUAGAUAUGGUCUCCGGAUGACCCUGUUCUUGGAGCAAUCCGAGUACAUCAGUAUCUUUGGGCAGGAGGCUGGUGUCCGUGUCGCCAUCUCCCCUCCCGGUAUCCGACCAAACCCGACCCACCAUGGGUUCACUGUCAAACCAGGAACAGUGACUUCCAUCGGGCUCAGAUAUAACUUUGUGAACCGGAAGCCACAUCCCUACGGAAAAUGCCAAACGUCUGUUGAGAAUUCACCCAUCAUCGAAGAUGGAGUAGUGCGAGAGAUCAGGGAAACCGAGCAGUAUGACAGAGGGCUCUGUAGGAAAAGCUGCCUUCAUCGCCACAUACUGGAACAGUGCGGUUGUUCGGAUACUCUAGAGCUCGACGGACCACGGUGUGAAAUACUGAACACGGAGCAAGAUGUCUGCAAGCAGUUGAUGUACUUCCUGCACCAGAGUGAUAAUCUUACCUGCCAUUGUCCUCAACAAUGCAGUGAGGUUUACUACACAAAGACAAGCUCAACCUCCGCUUGGCCCUCGGCCAACUUCAUGAAACAUCUUUUGAAAAAUUUACACUCCAUCAACCAGAAAACUAAACACCUAAACGGGAACAACAUCGACAAAAAUAUCGUACGAAUUGAAGUUUAUUAUGAGGAGUUGAACUAUGAAAGUACAAAAGAGGAACCAGCAUACCAGCCAUCAUCCUUAUUCGGUGACAUCGGCGGCAUUAUGGGCCUGUACAUCGGCUUCUCGUUCAUCACAGUGUUUGAAUUCUUCGGCGUCAUAUACACGCUCAUCAAGAACGCAUACUUUUAAAUAGCCAGCGAAGAAAAGCCCGGUGUCAUAUGAAAAUCCGACUCCUAUGAAAAUCAGACUCCUUUUCCCUAUUAUUGGUUAAUCCCUCGCACGUGACAGGUCACUCUCCAUGUAUGAUCCU